GUAAAAAUCAUUUGCUAAAUGUCCACACUAAUUUUGUAAACUCGUUUUCUUCAAUGAAACAUAACUAAUCAGUGCGUGUGGGUUAAGAAAAAUACUUAUUCAACGUACGUAGACAUAGUCUAUAUUUCUUGGAUUAUGGAUUAGUAAACUUAUAGCAGAGUAGAUGAAUGAUGAUAUUAUUUCUAGUUACAAAAGACUAAUAGAUGCUAUUUUCUAAAUAAGAUGCGCGUAUGUUUUAUUAAAUAUCACCAUAUAGUUAACGUAAAUGACUACAAUAUAAAUGAUAAACACAUAUUUAUAUAAAAAGGAAAAAUAUGAAUAGAUCACAACUGGAUGCUAGUAUACUAGUAGUGUGGAAUAUUCCAGUAGAUAUGCCAACUAAAUUUUUAUGUUUUCAUGAUAUUAAAGCUUCCUUUUUGCCAUUUUCUGAUUUAAGAAAGCUUUAGUUUGCAAGAUGAACUUUAAAUAAUUUUUGUCUUAUCUUCUUCUUGGAUUUGGAAAACUAUUUUCUUUCCUUUUUCUAUAAGCAUAUUCUCACUCUCUCGCACACAGUCAGACACGCAUACACACACUUCACGAUAUAUAAUAUCAUAAACAUAGCUUUUUGCCUUUUUCGAGUUUUUACCGGCGAUUUCUUGAAUAUGAGUCGUGUAUGGUUUUGUCGUUGCUCGCUUAUUGCAGAAAAAAUAAUAAUAAGUCACUGCCUUUACUGCUCCAAUAUUUUUAAAAAUUAGUAUUUUCUUCUGGCAUAUUCUAAAUCAAGCUUGAAUUUUCCCUGCAACUGAGGGUGGAUUACCUUCCUCUCUUUUGCAAAAAGAUGAAGAAGAUUAACAAGAAGAAGAAGAAGCAGAAGGAAAGAGAAGAGAGCUUACUAUCAUAUUUUCUAGGGUUUGUCUUCCCCUAGAGGGAAUGUCAAAGGCGUACGUAGUAGCAGAAGGGAUGGAUUAUUACCAAGAAAUGUUGACGUUAGGACAAGACCACACCGGUCGUAUUCGGGCAAGCUCGAGCAGGUCCAGACCAAGGAAGGUACGGAUCCGUGAAUACAAGAUUCCGGAUCUAAACGCAGAUCCUUGUUUGGAUAUGGACGAAGAAGACACAGGAGAGGUGGUAGUAUUCAGACCUCAGGAUGCAGAUUAUUCACUAAACGUUCCUCAGCUCCCUUACGAGCUAGAGGUCGAGAUACUCGCACGCCUCCCGCGUUUCGAGUAUUGGAAACUUAAGUUUCUUAACAAGCGUUUCUCGCGUCUACUAAAGGAAGGUAAAAUCUUCAAGGUGAGGCGUGACCGCGGCGUGGUUGAACCGUCUGUCUUUAUGCGGUCCCACGGCGACACGAAAUGGACUAUGUUCGAUAAGAACUUCGAGAAUUACCAGGAGGUUCCGGAACUUCCUUUACCUUCCGACAGCUCCUUCUUCCUUGGAGAUAAAGAAUCGCUUUGCGCUGGAACGCAUUUGAUUGUCACUGGGAACGAGGGAGAGAGCAUCGCUUUGUGGCGGUACGAGCUGGAGACGAGCAAGUGGUUCAAGGGCCCCGCAAUGAUCACGCCGAGGAUCUUGUUCGCUUCAGCUACGUGUGGGAGCGUUGCGUUUGUAGCUGGGGGGUUGAAAAUGUAUGGAGACACGUCUAAGGAAGUCGUGAAUGAAGCCGAGAAGUACGACUCGGGGACCAAAACGUGGACGCGUCUCCGUGGAAUGCACAAGAGAAGGCAGUUCUGUUCCGGAUGUUUCUUGCGUGGCAAGUUUCACGUCCUCGGUGGUAAAGAUGAAAACGAUAAGAACCUAACUUGCGGAGAACGUUACGACGAGGGUACAGACACUUGGGAACUUAUACCGGACAUUCUUAAAGAUACGUCAUUCUCAUCUAUUCAAUCACCACCGCUUCUGGCGGUGGUGAAUGAAAAUCUUUACUCGCUGGAAACGUCUGCCAACGAGCUCCGCGUUUACGAUACAAACGCAAACGCCUGGAAGAAGCUUGGGGAUGUACCUGUGAGAGCUAAGUCUAACGGAGGAUGGGGCGUUGCGUUUAGGUCUCUUGGAGACAAGCUGCUUGUGAUUGGAGAAUCGGUGGGACCUUCCAGGACAGAGACGAUGUCCGUUUACACGUGUCGUCCCUCCGCUAAUCCUGAGGAGAAGCUGCUUUGGGAGGAGUCUAAAGGCUGCUGUGGUGUUAAGCUCAGCCAUUUUAUCUUAAACUGUUGUGUGAUGAUUGCUUAAGGGUCUUUUCUCUGGAGCAAACAGAAAGUAACUUUUGGUUUUUGUGUGUGUUUUUGAAUAAAGCAAGUUGUAGCGUCUCCAGACGCUGAGACUUAAUCACUGUUGUGUGGAUUGUCCUUCUUGUUCGGCGUUUUGCGUCUUGUGUGUUUCAGUAAACGCCGGUUUGUUCUUAAUUUUGUGUAAUAUAAGCUUAUAAGCAUCUGUGUGGUUUAACUGAUUGUGUGUAAGAAAUAACAAGCUUGUUUAAACAGAGUAA